AUGCAUGGCGUAAUUUCGCUCUUCGUCGCCGCCAUCAGCCGCUGGUGUGCUUCGGACCUGACAUUACUUAUUUAUCUCCUGCAUCGUAACCAGGAACGGACGUUUGGUGGAGGGUUCAUGGGAGAUUUACCGAGAAGCGGAUGCUGUUCUAGUGGCGCGCAGGGACUCGGACAACGGCCCACGCCUUCACCAAUCCCGAUCACUCUAUUUCGAAGAGACACUUCGGUUUCCUGGAGUGUCACCGUGAUCAUUUUUUCCGACAUCGGCAUGGUCGCGACUCCCAAGAACUCAGUCACUCUUGAUAUGGAGAGUUGGGUUCAGAUCCAGAGAACGUCGACGGUCGACCUACCUAUCGUCUUGUGA